AAGCGCUAGCUGCCGCCGCUGCCGUGCUCUGCUGACCACGUACGUACGUGCCCCGCCCGCUGCUUGUUAUAGCGUCCCCGGAUACGAGAUUGCAGCAUAUCCAUUGUCCAAGCACGGCGCUGGAGCCUGGAGCUUGGAGAUAUAUAGAUGGCGGUGGUGGUGGCGGGCGGUGGUGGUGGCGGUGGCGGUGGCAGGGCGCGAGGGGAGCAGCAGCCGAGGCCGCAUUGGCGCGAGCAGCAGGGGCAGCGCAGCCCCGACAUGGCGGCGGUGCCCAGGCCGCCGCGCCCGAGGCCGGGCCCGGCGAGGGUCGCCGUCGUGUACUACCUGUCCAGGAACGGGCAGCUCGAGCACCCGCACUUCAUGGAGGUCGCCCUCUCCUCCCCCGACGGCCUCUACCUCCGAGAUGUGAUCGACCGGCUCGACGCGCUGCGGGGCAAGGGGAUGGCGCGCAUGUACUCCUGGGCGUCCAAGAGGAGCUACCGGAACGGGUUCGUGUGGCACGACCUGGCGGACGACGACUACGUGCACCCGGUGGGCGGGCGGGAGUACGUGCUCAAGGGCACCGAGCGGCUGCACCCGCCGGCGAUCCACCUCCCGCUGCUCGACGCGGCCGCCGCGUCGUCCUGCUCCUCCGGCUCGCAGGACACGACCACGUCCUCCUCCUCAGGCUGGGAGCACGCCCAGAGGAAGGGCGUCGCCGGCGCCCUCACAGCGGAGCUCGGCGAGUACCGGGUGUACAAGGCCGAGGACCGCGCCGCGGCGGCCGCGGACGCGGCCACGCAGACCGAGGACGGGCACCGCGGGCGGAGCCGCGGUCACCAAAGGCGCGCCCAGGAGGAGCUGAGCCGCGAGGAGACGUCGCCGCCGACGGCGUCCACGAGCCCCGAGACGCUGGAGGCGCUGAUCAAGGCGGACGGCCGUGUCCUGGCGACCGUGCCCGGCGCCGGGAGCAGGGCCAGGGCGUCGUCCGUGCUGAUGCAGCUCAUCUCGUGCGGGUCCGUGUCGGUGAAGGGUGGGCUGGCGACGCCGGUGAUGCCGCGCGGGGUGCACUACCGCCCGCGCCCGCCGCGCCCGCCGGCGCACGCGGCCGCCGAGACGGCCGUCUACCGGCAGAAGGUGGUCGAGGACAAGGAGUACUUCAGCGGGAGCCUGGUGGAGACGCAGCGCCCGGCCGCCGACGCGUGCCAGGACCUGGCCGUCCUCCGGCGGUCGUCUUCUUACAACGCCGACAGGGCGCAGAAGGCGGAGGAGGCGGUGGACCUGCACGACCGCUGCAUCCCGCGGAAGCCCAAGAGCAAGAAGGACGGCUACCAGGUGAUCUCCUGCACCGCCGCGCACGCCAGCGGCAAGAGGAUCGGGGCCUGAGGACGAGUUUGGUUUGACCGUCGACGUACAUCGUCGGUUUCAUCAUCGGCAAGGCUGCAACGGGUAAUCCUCUGUUGUUGUUUGGGUGGCCGUGGCCGGCCUCGUUUGUGGUUUGUGUGGAGCUUGGGUGAGUGUGAUUCGGUCGGCUUUCCGGUUCUGUUCAGCUGGCUGGUAUAUCUGGGUGUAACAUGAAACAGUAUUUGUGAUGAACAGUACAUAUGAUGGCUUGCUCU